GUUGGAUCUUCACGCUGGUGCUCCGUCCCUGAUGUUCUCCGGCGAGGCGACCCCCUCGCUCCGCCGUGCUCGCUUGCUUCUCCCCGGCGUCCAACGCCUCCACCAGUUCCCUCUCCAUCCUUUCCUCGCCGCCUCGCCGUCGACUCCCCGAUCCCCGUGGCGCGUUGCGCCAUGCUGACAAUGGUACCGCUCGCCUUCGCCUACCCGCCGCCGCCGCCGCCCGGAUGCCCACUCGGCGCCUCGCCUAGGGUUUCUUCUCUCGGCCGGGGCGCAUCCGCAGGUUGUGGGGUGCGCUCUUUCCCAUGACCUCAUCAGGCCUCAGCCCCAGAGUCUCAAACGCCCGCAGCAAACCCUCGCUGUGGCGCCCGGCAGCUCCCUGACUCCCCUUGCUACGGCGAGGUCUGCCGGCCCCAGGCGCGUGGAAUACGAGCGAGCACUGAGUACAAUGUAUCCGGUACGUCUUGCACUAGAUUCCCAGUUUGCCAUGCCAAAAUGGAUGAAAUACGGUUACCUGCCCGAAAUUCAACAUUUUAGAUUGUUAGUGCAACAGGAAUUGCAGUGCAGCAUCAGUUUUUUUUCAAGGUAUGCACAAUCGCUUUAAGCGGUUCGGGUUUGUGUAUGUGGUCUACUGAUAUGGGGUGGAUGCUACCAAAUCCCGUAGCACACAGCUUCAGCACCCGUUUGUUUUGUUGCAGUUUGAUGUGUGCUCUGCAGGUUGAAGUCACUGGUAUGAGUGAGGACUAGUCCUACGCACCCCCGUGUGUUGGUGUCAAACUUGUCGCUUUUGCUCUUGGAAUUUCUACUUUGCUUACUACAAUUCUACUAGUGUCGCUGCCUGCACACGUUUUCUUUCAAAAAUAUCUUUGUUUCUUUCUUCUACUUUUCCUGACCUGUGCAUCACGUUCAGGGUGAGAUAGCCACUUCAUGUAUGAAGUCAGUCAACUCAGUCAAGCAUGACUUCAGGCUUCCGGUAGACGAACCCUUUAAAUGACCUCGACACACAAGAUCACCCAAGCUUCAACCAACCAGCACUCAAGUUCUUGUAGUUCUUGGUUCUUCCACGUCCUGUAACUCUGGGCAUCAUGCCCUUAAUCUUGUCUCUGUUCUUUUCUUUUCUCGUCCUUAUCUCCUGCAGCACUACAAUACUCGAAGCCACACAAGCAAACAAGUCAGAGAUUGAUCGUCAGUCCCUCCUUUGCUUCAAGUCUGGCAUCAACUCUUACCCCCUUGGCAUCCUGGACUCAUGGAGCAACGAUUCACUUGACUUUUGUAGCUGGAAAGGUGUCACUUGCGGCACAAGGGUUCCGCACCGGGUGUUCUCUGUUAACCUCGCCUCUGCACAGCUCAGUGGGCAAUUAUCUGGAUGCGUAGGCAACUUGACUUUUCUAUCCAGGAUGAACCUUGCCGAUAAUAAUCUGUUCAGAACCAUCCCAGAAGAGUUAGGCAGGCUUCCAAACCUUCAUACGCUGAAUCUUUCUGGCAACAAUCUUGAAGGUAACAUCCCUGAUUCAUUAGGCACUAGCAAUUCUCUUAGUUAUGUCAAUCUUGCAAACAACACUUUUACUGGUGGUAUCCCUCUCUCAUUGGCCAAUUGCUCCUCACUCAGCACACUUAUACUGUCACGUAACAACCUCUCUGGAGAGAUUCCUUCUACUUUGUUUGAUAACAAAUCUAAGCUUAAUAUGGUUGAUCUCCAGGUGAAUUCUUUCAUUGGUGUAAUUCCACCUUUCCAUAGAGUCAACGCUCUCAGAAUUCUUCGUGUGACAGAUAACUUGUUGUCUGGAAGCGUACCUCCUUCAAUAGGAAAUGUUUCUUCCCUCACUUCUAUAUUUCUUGGCCAAAAUAAGUUAUCAGGAAUUAUUCCAGAAACUUUGGGUCACGUUGCAAAACUGCUUGAGCUUGACCUAAGCUUCAAUAGUUUAUCAGGGAAUGUCCCGUUGUCUCUUUACAAUAUGACAUCACUCCAAAACUUUAGCGUAGGUAGCAAUGGUCUUAUUGGAAAAAUACCAUCUCACAUCGGUUACUCAUUACCAAAGCUCCAGUCCCUGAUCAUGGGAAGCAACAAUCUUGAAGGUAACAUCCCUGCUUCACUAGCCAACAUGUCAGAUCUCCAAAUACUUGAUCUUUCAGACAACUUGCUACAUGGCUCUGUUCCGUCUCUUGGUUCCCUGGCAAACUUACGUCGGUUAGUUUUGGGGACGAACUUUCUAGAAGCACAUAAUUGGUCAUUCCUUACAUCUCUAGCAAAUUGCACCCAGCUGACAAAGCUGUCCUUGGAAGGGAAUGCUCUUAAUGGAAGCCUACCUAUAACAGUUGUUAAUCUUUCCACUAGGCUAGAAGAUUUAUCGCUUGGGUCAAACCAAAUAUCAGGUUCCAUACCUGCUGAAAUUAGCAAUCUUGUCAGUCUCACUUCGCUUAGGAUGGAAAGCAAUUUCCUUUCUGGAAGCAUACCUUCUACCAUUGGGAGGCUGCAAAGGCUGUAUAUCCUAAAUCUCUCAAAGAACAAAUUAUCAGGUCAGAUCCCUCCCUCUGCUGGUAACAUUACUCAGCUGGGCAAGCUUUAUCUUGAUGAUAACAACUUAAGUGGAAACAUACCUGGCAGUUUAGGUCAGUGCAAAGGACUUCUUGAACUAAACCUGUCUACCAACAGCCUUGAUGGAUCAAUACCGGUCAAUCUUUUUGCUAGCCCUCCACUUUCCUUGGGCGUGGACUUUUCAUACAACAAGCUCACAGGAGAAAUACCAUCAGAAGUUGGCCGUUUGGCAAAUCUUGCUCUUCUGAAUGUUUCGAACAAUCUGUUGUUCGGAGCGAUUCCUGAAGCCCUUGGAAGCUGUGCCACUCUGUUAUUCUUGCGCAUGGAGAGAAAUAAGCUUCAAGGACAAAUUCCUCAAAGUUUCGGGAAGCUGUUGUCCAUCCAGCAGAUUAAUCUAGCUCGGAAUAGUUUAUCUGGUCCAGUGCCAGAAUUCUUUGGCGAUCUCACUUUCUUAGACAAGCUUGAUCUAUCAUACAACAACUUUGAAGGGCCAAUUCCCUCUGGUGGAUGCUUUCGUGACUCGAGUAUGGUAGUUUUGGAUGGCAAUAAGAUGUUAUGUGCAAGAAUCCCCAUGCUAGCACUCCCAAUUUGUGAUGGCACCUCAAAGAAACAUAUCCCUUUGCUAACAAUAGUAAUUAUAAUUACACUGUUACUUGCUGGUUUACUAUUGUUAUAUUUGGUUGCUACUAUUUGGAAAAGAAGGGAGCAGUGUGUUACAUUCCCAUGGUGCAAUAAGAUUCUCAAUGUGUUAUGCUUUGUUGCCAACCGGAAGAGAAAAGAAGUUGUUGCCCAUCAGAAGAAAAUAGAAGUGCAUACAUGUUCUAACCACAAGGAGACACUGAAGAAGAUAUCAUAUGGUGACAUUCUGAAAGCUACCAACUGGUUUUCUUCGGUCCAUACUAUCAGCUCAACCUGUACCGGAUCAGUUUAUGUCGGUAGAUUCAAGUCCGACAGGAGUCUAGUUGCCAUCAAAGUAUUCAACUUGAAUGAGCCUGGUGGAUAUGAUAGCUACUUUAUUGAGUGUGAGGUGCUACGAAGCACCCGCCAUCGGAAUAUAAUGCGACCUGUGACUCUAUGCUCGACAUUGGACUCACAGAACCAUGAGUUCAAAGCACUGAUCUUCAAGUUCAUGGUUAACGGCAGCCUUGAGAGAUGGUUGCACUCUAAGCAACACAAUGGAAUCCCAGGCAGAGUGCUAAGCUUUGGCCAGAGGAUAUGCAUAGCAUCAGAUGUGGCUUCUGCUCUUGAUUAUGUCCACAACCAACUGACGCCUCCUUUGAUCCAUUGUGAUUUGAAGCCACACAAUAUCCUAUUGGACGAUGACAUGACUGCACGGCUGAGUGACUUUGGCUCAGCGAAGUUUCUGUUACCAGGACUCGUUAUCCGUAAAAGCUUGGUUGAUGUAGGAGGAACAAUUGGAUACAUUGCACCUGAGUACGGGAUGGGCUGCAAGAUCUCAGUAGGAGGAGAUGUGUAUAGUUUUGGAGUGCUUCUACUGGAGUUGCUUACUGGAAAACGACCAACCGAUGAUCUGUUCAUCGAUGGACUUACCCUUCGCAUGUUCUCAGAAUCCAUGUUCCCUGACAGGGUUGCAGAAGUUCUAGAUCCUCAUAUGGCGCAUGAGGAGCAUCAAGGGUGCGUAGAAGCAUGGAUGCAGAGAUACAUAGUCCCGUUGGUUGCUCUUGGGCUGUCAUGUACUGUGGAAUCUCCCAAGGAUAGGCCUGGAAUGAAAGAUGUUUGUGCUAAACUAUCUGCUAUGAGAGAUGCUUUUCUGGAACUUCAUGAUGAUUGAGGAAUAUUUCAGUUCUGUUACAGCAUGCUGAUUCGUUAUUGUUAAGAAUUUAAUAUUGUACUAUGAAAGUGCAUAUCGUACCCUAUCUUUUUUACAAAUGAAAGGAAAUUUCAGGACAAACGUGGUUUA